AUGGCUCAGCAGUGCUUCCACAGUGAAUAUUUUGACAGUCUGCUGCAUGCCUGCAAACCCUGCCACCUCCGCUGUUCCAACCCUCCUGUGCCCUGCCAGCCUUACUGCAACCCAAGUGUGACCGGCUCAAUGAAAGGGACACACAUUGUUCUCUGGACCUUCUUGGGCUUGACCCUGAUUGUCUCUUUGGCACUUUUCACACUCAUGUUCUUGCUGAGGAAGAUGGACUCUGAAGCACCGAAGGGCAAACUUCAGAACUCAGGAUCCAUUCUGCUGGACAAGGCCAGUACUGACCUGAGGAGGAGCAGGGCUGAUGAUGUCAGGAUUCUUCCCGGAAGCCUGGAGUACACAGUGGAAGAAUGUACCUGCGAAGACUGUGUCAAGAGCAACCCUACGGUUGGUUCUGACCAUUUCUUCCCACUUCCAGCCAUGGAGGAGGGUGCAACCAUUCUCGUUACCACAAAAACGAGUGGCCAUGGCGAGAGUGUGCCAACUGCUUUGGAAAGUGUCCCAGGGAUGGAGAAACCAAUUCUUUCUAGAGAAUGA